AGCCUAUUUAUAUAUUAAAAAAGACAGAAAACGAUUUAUUAAACUGUGUUUUAUUAUAAUUUUCCUCUUUAAAAAACAUUAUUCUGCGUAGAUGUCAUUUGUGAAGUCCGCCGUUGGCGCGCCCUCUAGCGGUGCGUCUUGGGCACAGGCGGUACUGGAGCUGCUCAUCCCUCUCCUCCCUCUCUGCUCCUUCCAGCCACAAUGAACGGGCUCUUCUGAGGGAGGCGCGCCUUGUAGGAGGCUCGCAGAAAAAGGAGGCGAGCUGUUUGGACUAUGAGCCCCCUCUUGGUCACAGGUUAACGCAGCACCUGAAGCAGCUCUUCGGGAUAGUUGUCAGUCGCUGUGGAUUCCUCAGGCUGGUCUCCAUAGCAACGCCUUGCUCUUCCUGACCACCGCUGCCACGCGACAGCUCCUUCCCCAUCCUCCCGUCUGAUCGACCAGCCCUGAAGUUCUGUCGGAAUGGACACCGAGUCGACCCACUCCGGCUACUCCAGCCGCUCGGGGAGAUCAAACCGGCACGGAGAUCGAAGCCGUGAGCGACACAAAGCCAGCAGCAGCAAAGACAGCAAUCGCUCCGAGAGAUCGGUGGUCAUCAACCCCCCCGACACAUCGUCCCAGGACUCCCCCGUCCACAACGGCGAGCCGCUGCCCGGGGAACCCGCGCCGGCAGAAAAUGGGGACGAGGCGCAGGAUGAUAACUGGGCAGAAACUACCACGGCGGUGACCGGCACCUCCGAGCUCAGCAUUUCCCAGGAGGAAGUGGUCGGUCUGGGAAAGGAGAUCCAGGACCGAACCCGGAACGUCCGGCGCUACCUCCCCCUGGCUGUGGGUUUAUGCGUGGGUCUGCUGGUGCUGGCCACGCCUCUGGUCUUUCUGCUCCUGCCAGCGGUGAUGUGGCCCGACAGACUGCAGGCCUGCGGAGCCGCCUGCGAGGGCCUCUUCCUCUCCAUCUCCUUCAAGCUCCUCAUCCUCAUGGUUGCCAUUUGGGCCUUGUUUCUGAGGCCGGGCCGGGCCUGCCUGCCCAGGGUGUGCGUGUACCGUGCCUUCCUCACCACCCUCACCCUCCUGCUCACCAUGUCUUACUGGCUUUUCUACGGAGUCCGGAUUCUGGAUGCUCAGGAUGAGGAUUAUUACGGCAUCGCCCAGUUCGCCGUGUCGCUGGUGGACUCUCAGCUGUUUGUUCACUACCUGGCCGUGGUUCUGCUGGAACUGCGGCAGCUCCAGCCGUGCUACAGCGUGUGUGUGAUCCGCUCCACAGACGGGGAGACCCGACACUACAACAUGGGACAGCUAAGCAUUCAAAGAGCUGCCUUGUCCAUUCUGGAGUAUUACUACAGAGACUUUCCACUGCACAACCCAUCCAUUCUCUCCGCCGCCAAGCAUCGGGCUGCCAAACAUCUCGCCGGGUUAAAGGUCUACAAUGUAGACGCCCCAGGGAGCACAGCAGCAGCGCAAACUAGCAAUGGAAAUCAGUCACGGGCUAUGGUCGCAGCUGCAGCCAAACGCAAAGAUAGCGCGCACAAUGAGCUGUACUAUGAAGAGGCUGACUAUGAGAGACGAGUCCGCAAACGCAGAGCCAGGCUGGUUGUAGCUGUGGAGGAGGCCUUCACGCAUGUCCGCCGCAUGACGAAGGAGGACGAGAACGCGCCGCCUUCAGACAUCAUGGAUGUGCGUGAGGCCGCUUUGGCCGUGUUUCCGUCUAUGGCUCGGUCGCUGCAGAAGUACCUCCGCACCACCAGGAGGCAGCACUGCCACAGCAUGGAGAGCAUCCAGAAACACCUGGCUUUCUGCCUGGUCAACAACAUGAGUCCUAAGGCCUUCCUGGAAGCCUAUCUGUCCCCUGGCCCGACCCUGCAGUACGGUUCUGAGCGCUGGAUGGCGGAUCAGUGGACCCUGGUCAGCGAGGCUUCGGUCACCAGCGGCCUCAAGGAUGGCGCCGAAUUCCUGCUGAAGUGUUUGGAUUUUAGCUUAGCUGUCGUCGUCAAAGGCAUCCCUUACAUCCGCCUGUCCGAAGAAUACGUCGACCCCAAAUCCCACAAGUUUAUACUGCUGCUCCAGUCAGAGACGUCGGUUUAACUGAAAGAGUUCACGCUCCGGACCACAGAACUGCUAGUAUCUGACUGACUAAAAAAAAAAAAAAAACAUAAAUAAAACUUUUGUACUGUUUCCUUUUUACAUAUUUGUAUGUAGUUUUUCUCUCGUAGAUUUUCUUGUUUUUGUCGCAGAAAACUUGAAAGUGAUAAAUGACUCAAAGCAAGGGGAAAGGCACUCUCUGUGUGGACAUUUGCAGAGCACAAUUCAGUUAUUCCUCUAUGCAAUACAGCUGGCCCUCCCGGACAUCCAUCGUCCUGUCUGCAUGUGUUUGUGUGUGCGUCGGUGCAGGAGCGGUUUUUGAAGAAAUGUUCGAUUACAAGAUGCAUUACUGCAUUUUUUUUUCCUUAAUACACAUGAAACCAUUUUGAACAGAACUACAUUUUUAAGGUAUAGAAGCGUUUAUUUAUACCCAUCUAGUGUAUCAGAUGUAUGUACAGUAUUUAUAUGUGAAUAUGCAUUAUUCAAACAGAUUUUAUACCACAAUUGUGCUUGUUUGGAUGUUUUUUUUUCUCAUGUUGUCAAAGUUUUAUUUUAUUUUAUUGAUCGAUAGUGUAUUGUUAUGAGAUACCUGGAUUGGAGUUCCAAACCUUUUCUUGUUUUGGCACUAAACCUUAACUAAAUGUUUGUUUUGCCCCUGAUUUAAAUCUUGUGUAGUAUUUGUUAUUUUCAAAGCACUUCAGCCAUGAACCUCAACCUUUUCAAGCAUAAAAUGUUGGAAAGAAUUUGUGUGAAAAUCCACUUCAAAAAUAUUCAAAAGACUCAAAGCUGAGCUUUGUGUUCCUGAUGACAUAAUCACUGUUUUUCUGUCACACUACUGCCACCUAUUGACGAUGUUUGGAGUUGCAACCUUUGCUUUCUUUUUAUUUUUUUACUUUUGUAUUUUUCAGAGUUAUUGUACAUUUAUAUUGUCAAUGUGCCCAAGGAGGGUUUUGUUUUAAAGUAUUAUUGAUACCUUUUCUUACUGAACAAACACGUGCCUCUGUUAUGUUACUUUUAUGAGCGCAGCAUUCAUGCUUGUGUUUGUGAAUAGGUUGAAAAAAAAUGUCUUGAUGUGCGCCGAAAAGUCACAACUUCCAGUUUGUUUCUGAUGUUUUUGUACAACAGAACAUGAGGAGGCACAAAAAUAAACAUUUGUAUGAACUUUUAGAA